ACAGGUGGUUUGAUACUAGGCUGUGCCAGGCUCUUGUUUCUGUCAUGGAGCUGUAACAAUAUGACAGAAGCUGGGUGUGCUCCGAUAGGCUGCCUUGUGGAGUAAAAACUAAAGUGUGAAGGUGCAGAAAAGGCCUGAAAAGUCAUCUAACAAAAGUCUCUGGAGUUGGGCUGGUGAAAGCCAGGGAUGGCGACAAUCCCACUCGACAUUAGGAGGCUUUUGGAUGACUGUGAGCUGUUUGUAUCAGAGAUCCUUCAAGACGAGGACCUUAGUGAAAAUGCUCAAGAGACACGGAAAGUCUUACUGAAUAACUUCAGGGUCGUCCAUGUAAGAAACCCUCAAGACUUCCCCUUCCCGCCAUCGGACUUUAGGGACGAAGACGGUUCUGAUGACAACCGCAGUUCCAGUCUGGGUCGCUCUGCCCCAUCAGACGACGCCUCAGUAGCCUCUGACUACCAGGAUGAUGGAGCCCCUGAGUACUUUGGUGACAUCCCCUCUGUGGCAGCCCAGGACCUCAGCAACAUCUUGAAGCAAGGCUUCUUGGAGAAGAAACGAAGAGAUCACAGCUUCUUUGGCUCAGAGUGGCAAAAGAGAUGGUGUGUUCUGAACAAUUCAAUAUUCUACUACUUUGGGAGUGAAAAAGAUAAGCAGCAGAAGGGUUCCUUUUAUAUCAUCGACUACAGUGUGCAGCUGGUGACCAACCUUAGAAAAGACUCCAAAAAAAACGCCUCUUUCGAGCUCUUUUGCCCUGGCCGGCGGGCUUUUCAGUUCACUGCUAGCAGUCCUCAAGAGGCCAGAGAAUGGGUGGACCAAAUCAAUUUUGUACUUAAAGAUCUCCGCUCCACCUCCAUCCCUUGCGAUGAUGAGGAGGAUGAGGAGGAGGAAGAGGAGACCUAUGAUGACAUUGAGGGGUUGACCGGCCCUCCCCUGCCUCGGCCCAGUGCUGCCCAGGCCUUUCAGAGCGGCAAACUGGGAGGAAGGCAUGAAACGAGGGAGGUCGACGAGGAGGACGAGGAUAUCUAUGAGGUGCUGCCAGAAGAGGAUUUUCCAGAUCUGGCAGAUGAGAGCAGUGAGAAGAACAAACCAGCUUCGUCAUCAGAUUACGCUAACUACUACCAGGGUUUAUGGGAUUGCCAGGCCGACGAGUCGGACGAGCUGGCCUUCCAGAGAGGAGAUCUCAUCUACAUCGUUAGCAAGGAGUACAACAUUCACGGCUGGUGGGUCGGUGAGCUGAACGGCACUGUGGGUAUCGUCCCCAAGGACUUCCUGCACCCUGCCUACAUCCUCUGAGCUCCAACAGCUGCUGCUGACGCGUCCGGCCAUGAAUUUCACAGACAGCACCGUGCAGAUAAUUUUUUUGUAAUUUGAAAAUGAUUCUCUCUCAUAAGACUGUAAGUCUGCUGCCGUAGUGCUUAUUUCUGUACACUAUAAACCAUUGGUAAAGGUCUUACAUACAUGAUGGACAAACUAGAGCAACCAUUGACAGAAAACUAAGCAAUAACAAUUUGAUAAUUAAUUGUUUAUGUAAUUAAGAGAAAAGUUUCUCUUCUCUGGGAUUUACUGCUUAAUAUACUUGUGUUUUUGACUACAGAUUGGACACAAAAAAGUAAUUUGAAAUUGUCAUUGGGCUCUGGUAAAUGUGAUCUUCCAAAUACUAAAUGUGUAAUUGAUUAAUCAGAAGAUUAACCAACAGUAUAGUAAAAAUAAUUGUUAGUUGCAGCCCAAGUAAUAAUCGAUUAGUUAUUGUGGACCGAAACAUUUAUCAAUUCACCGGUUGAAAUGUUUUUAUUUUCUUGUUUUAUCACUGACAUUAAAUAAAAAAUAUCAACAGAUGGAAUGUACAAUAUGUAAAAUAUUUCAAACUACAUUGUAACUGGAGUUUUUAACAUAAAUCCCCAAAAAAUAGUAACAGCC